UUAUGUUGUGAACCAGAAUAACCUGAUGUGCCAUUUACCCACUUUUGACUAGCAGUGAAAAUUCUGAAAACAGCAGAAUAGUUAGCGAAAAUGAUUUACCUUUAUAGUUUGGGGAAUUAGUUUAUCCUCCUCAUUACGGAAUCUUGCUCCAGGAUGAACGCUUGUCGUCUGUGUUUGGGGGAUUUCCUCCUGCUACGGAAGGAUUACAACAUCCACAAUCUGAAGGAUAAGCUCAGGAUGGUGUUCUCGUUCGAGGUACCGCAACGCGAGCGCCUGUCCGAAGUCGUGUGUCCUGAUUGUGUGAGAACCCUUUGCAAGUUCUACGACUAUGCUAGCAAGGUCAAACAGAACCAACAGCGACUGCUGCAGCAGAUUGAGGACGAAAAUAUGCAUAGCGAAACGUCGUCUCUAUUGUUUCCUGCCCAGCCACCACCGAGUCAAUUGAUUCCCGAUGAUGAAAUCAAGGUUGAAAUCACGUCGGAGAAUGUAUUUGCCGAAAACAUUUCAUCGGCACCGGAUUCGGUUCAAGCAGCUAAGAAGCAAAACAAGUCCAUCGCUCCACCGGGAAGGUUCCAGAAGAAUUUGAUCAGCCGGCACAUGGAUAUGACCUGCGACAUCUGCCAAGAGGAUCAGUAUACCUUCCAGAAGCUGGAGGCCCAUUUCAAGAAGUACCAUGGCAAGCAGUUCUAUAUAUCAUGCUGUGGACAGAAGCUGAUAAAUGAGCAAAUGAUUGCUGGCCAUCUGGAUAAGCACAUGACCAUGGUUACGAACAAAGAAACCAGGGAUAGCAGUAAUUCAUGGGAACGCCGUGUGUCGUCUGCAUUUGGAUCGAUAUUGACCGAUUUUAAGAAGGACUUGGAAGAUUACGAACCACUUCCCAACAUGGCGCUGGCACUGAACGGUGACGCUAGAGAGCAGCAGAAACUGUACGACGUUCAGGACUAUUUGCUGCAGACUUACUUCAAUCUGGAUUGUGAGUUAUGUGGCUACAAGUUGAACAACCCGGACGAUCGCCGAAUGCAUUUUCGGGAUAUUCAUCCCAAGGAGAAGUACUUUGUCUCUUGCUGUGGGCAGCGUUUUUCCAUUCGGAUUAGCAUAAUGCGCCACCUCAAUCGCCACUGGAAAUUUGUUGCCAACGGGUCGAUACCGGGUUCAACUCCGAAAACCGCUAAGUUAGAAACUGAAGAUUCACCCGAAAUGAUAACCCAAUCCAAUAAAGCAAACUUCCAACGUCUAAUGCAAGCAGCCUAUGGACCAUUGAUGAACGAGUUCUACGAAGAUCUGAUGUUAGGUGGUUUCAGUCCCCCUAGCAAACUGCCCGAAACCAAAACGACAGGCCAAUUGAGGCUCCUACAUCAUAUGCAGGAUUUUCUUAUUGCCAAGCAUUGUCCAUUGAAUUGCGAACUUUGCCAUGUCGAAAUCAGUACCUACAUGGGACGACGAGACCAUUUCCGCAUUGGCCAUCCCAAGGAGAAAAUGUACAUCCAAUGCUGCGGAAUCAAGAUUUCCACCCGGCAGAAAAUAAUCAUCCACUUGCUACGACACCGGAAGGGUCUACCAACGGAACCGCAAAUUCGGUUCGCACCGGAACAUACGUACGAGAAACAUGAACAGGACGAUGCCGUGAUCGAAGGUUACUACAAGAUGGAUUGUGAGAUGUGCGACUAUACGGGAAGUUCCUACCUGGGACUGCGCGGCCACUUCCAGAAGUGUCACAAAGAGGAAGGAUUCUUCAUUACGUGCUGCAACCGUAGGAUGAAGACCAAGUAUCACAUUCUGGAGCACAUCGCUGCUCACCAGAAGCCAGGUUCGUUGAAAUGUGACCACUGCGAAGCCACAUUUUCUACGGAACGAAUGCGCAAGGCCCACGUCAGCCGUAAGCACGUGAGUGAUGAAGAGAAAAUCUUCCGCUGCGAGCACUGCGUGGAAUCAUUUGCCACGAGGAACCUGCUGGUGUUGCACUCGUACAAACACGAACUCAUGACUUGUGAUAUCUGUGGAGCGCAAAUGAAGCGCUGCUCGCUUCGGGUGCACAGACUGAAUAUCCACAAGCUGGGCGAGGAGAUCGUAUGCCAUGUGUGCGCCAAGGUGUUCCAUUCGAAGCACAUGUUCAACGCCCACUACAGGAAGGCACAUUUGGGCAUCAGGAAGAAGUAUAAGAAAAAGUCACGGGCAAAGAAGAGGCCACCACCGGAAGUGGAAUUGGCCGCCGAUUUGGGAAAUCCAAGCGGAACAACGGCACAGUUGAGCAUUGAGCCACUAUUUAUGAACGACUGAAUUUGGGAACAUCUAGUCUAUAAUAGCACGCAUCAAUUUGACUUCGGUUUGGGCACGGAAAUGCGUUUGAAUUUGCAAUCACCCGUUGUUUUGUAAAAUAGGUUUGCAUUGAUGGAAAUAAAGAAGUUUUCACGGUUCCACAAGAUUAAAAAAAAAAGUAUCGCAAUGUAGAUUUUCAACUUUUAUUCAACUAAACGAUACACGGUGAUAUUGACAAAACAGCUUUCGUCACAUCAUUCGAUCAUCUUCAAGGGAAAUCGUGUCAAUUGUCAGUGACGAACAUGUGCAGUUUUUGUUAUCAUCUAAAUUU